AUGAGCGAACAAAAAGAAGACCUGUUCAAACCAGUGGGAGAAGCUGCUGCAGAGAUCGAAGAUGAAAACAUGGCUGACCAGGGCCAAGCUAACGACGGCGUCAAGUUAACCGGCGCACAGGACGCUAUGGGCCAUCCAGUGCAGGAGAUCGAGUCUCUUUGUAUGAAUUGUGGGAAGAAUGGCACAACCAGACUUCUGCUGACUUCCAUCCCUUAUUUCAGAGAAAUCAUUAUCAUGUCAUUCGACUGUCCUCACUGUGGGUUUAAGAACUGUGAGAUCCAACCCGCUUCUCAGAUCCAAGAGAAGGGCUCUCGUUACGUCUUGAAAGUGGAGUGCCGUGAAGAUUUUAACAGACAAGUUAUCAAGUCAGAAACUGCCACAUGUAAGUUUGUCGAGCUAGACAUUGAGAUUCCGGCAAAGAGAGGCCAAUUAACAACAGUGGAAGGUUUGCUAUCAGAGAUGAUUGAUGACCUGUCGCAAGAUCAGGAUAUGAGAAAAUCUAUAGACGAAAAUCUCUACAAGAAGAUCGACGACUUCAUACAAAAAGUUAAAUCCUACAUCAAUUGCGAACCAAACACUAUCCCCGUAACAUUCGUUUUGGAUGAUCCUGCUGGAAAUUCUUGGAUUGAAUACAAACCUGGCGAACCUCAACACAAAUGGUCUCAUACCCAGUAUGUGAGAACCGAUGAACAAAACGUUCAAGUCGGAAUUAUUACUAGAGACCAAUUGGAACAACGUCGCCAAGAACAAUUGAAACAAUUGGCUAACCGUGAAAGAAACCCUUCUGAAUCUGUCAAAGUUGGCUCAGCAAACCCACAGUUUUUGUCAGAUGCUACAGACAUCGAAAACUUCAAUAACGAGGUGCAAACAUUCAGAGCUUCUUGUCCAUCGUGCACCCAAGAGUGUGAAACCCAUAUGAAGCCAGUAAAUAUUCCACAUUUCAAAGAAGUUAUCAUCAUGUCGACGGUUUGCGAUCAUUGUGGUUACAAGUCUAAUGAGGUGAAGACCGGUGGUGCGAUCCCUGACAAAGGGAGAAGAAUCACCCUAUAUUGUGACGAUGCGGCCGACUUGUCCCGUGAUAUUCUGAAGUCUGAAACAUGCAGUAUGGUUAUUCCUGAAUUGCAUCUUGAUAUUCAGGAAGGUACACUGGGUGGUAGAUUCACCACUCUGGAAGGUUUACUGAGACAAGUCUAUGAAGAACUAGAAUCUCGUAUCUUCACUCAAACUUCAGAUUCCAUGGACGAAGCAACAAAGGCCCGCUGGGUGGAAUUUUUUGCCAAGCUAAAAGAAGCCAUUGCUGGAAAAGUCAAGUUCACGGUCGUUAUGGAAGAUCCAUUGGCUGGGUCGUAUAUACAAAAUGUCUACGCCCCAGAUCCAGAUCCAAACAUGACUAUUGAAGAUUACGAAAGAACAAAGGAGCAAAAUGAAGACCUGGGUUUGUCCGAUAUCAAGGUUGAGUGA